GUUUGCCAGAUAGCACAUUAAAAUUUUCUAAUAGUUGGGUCUAUAAAUUCAAAAAAAAGAAUAAUCUACGAAACUACCAGUUAUAUGGGAAAGCCAAUAGUGCACCAAUAGAAAUACUUCCAGAACAAAAAAUAAUAUUUCAUGAAAUAAUAAAAGAAUAUCUAUUAGAAAACAUUUUUAAUGCAGAUAAGACAGAUAUAUCAAAAUCAAAUGAAGAAUCAAAUAGUGAAGAAAAGGAAUUAGAAAGUGAGAAUUCGAAUAAUGAAGAGAGUCAUGCAAGCUCGUCUAAGAACUCUAUUCGACGUGGCUAUAGCCACCCAAGGUUAAGUGCUAGUAACAUCAAUAAACAAAACUUGGCAGAUUUUGAAAAAGAUGAAAACGAUGAAUUGAUCAUAGACCUAACAACAAAUUCAUUAGACCCAACAAUCGAGUGUGAAAUAAAUAACUUCAACAAUUUAAAUAAUUCUCAAAUACUUACAGAGGAUGUUCUUGAUGAAAUGCAAAUU